AUUUUUACAAUGUCAGUGUGUGUUCAGCCUGUGAUUACAAAACCACAAAUAGCUGAACAUUUCUACCUCUUUCAAUGGAAAGCCAAUACAGAUCGUUAAACGUGAUGGAGAAUACCACUCAAGAUAUCAAUCUUCUGCUGAUUGGUAAAACUGGUUCAGGAGUGAGCGCAUCUGGAAACACUAUCCUGGGAAAAGAUGUGUUUCAAUCCAAAAUGAGCUCAAGCUCCAUCACUGACAGUUGCCAAAAACACUCAGUUGAAGUGUUGAAGAGAAGAAUUACAGUAGUCGACACCCCAACUUUCUCAAAUUCCAGAAACAUUGAUCUGAGGCUGGAGUUAAAGAAUGGAUUGAAGAAGUGUCCUCCAGGAAUCCACGCAAUCCUUCUGGUUCUCCCUUCAAACAAAACACAAGCUGCUGAUGUCCUGUCCUUAUUCAAGCAGAUGUUUGGUGAAAAUGCCAUGAAGCACACAUUAGUCCUAUUCACACAAAGAGACGAGAUUGAAUAUAACCAACUUGAUCAACUAAUAGAGGAGUGUGGUAGGAGAAACCACCUGCUGAACAACAAAGAUCUGAACAACAGAGAUCAGGUCAUAGCCCUCCUGAAGAAGAUCGACCGGAUGGUGUCCGAAAAUCAGAACAGCUGCUACACUUUACAAAUGUUUGAGAACCAAUCAUUUAAAAUAUUUCUGCCGGGAUUUAUAAAGACUGAAAUUCUGUAUACAGCCUUUUUUUUCCUGUCUUUCUGUGCAAUUUUUGGUUGUGUUGAAGCAUGGAAUGAAAGUUUUGAACAGUUUCCGGGCAGAUUUCUAAAUGGUUGUUUUAGUGGAUUCCUAUCAGCAAUUAUAGAUUUUUUGUUGGCAUGCAUAUGGAUAAUUCUGAGCUGGUAUACUGGGCGAUGUACAUGCAAACAUCCAAACAAAUGGCUGACUGUCACAUGUGGUGUUGUUGGAGGGAUCAUUGGAGGGUUACAUGGUGAAGAAGGUAUAUUGGCUACACUUUUGAGAGGGAUACAGUCUUAUGUCAGUCUUAUGGUACGCCACAUGGCCUCUCACACUUAAACCAGUUACCUGUUGGUCAAACCCCAGGUGUUUCACACUGCUCAUAAUUACCAUGGGGUUAACAAUUAGUGUCACUGAUUAGAUGAACACAGCACACAAAAUGUUUACAUAAAGAUUGCAGCAUUGUGCUGCCUUACAUUUCAUUGAUGACGAUAUGAAGCCUUUAUUGAAUGGACUAUAAAGAUACAAAUAAAACCCAUCUCUUCUUCACUCCUA